AUGUCUGUUGAAGAUAGUUUUACAUCAAAGAAGAUAUGGGAUAUUAAUGAUGAAAAGUCGAAACGAAUUCAUAGAAAAAUUGCUAUUUUGAUUGCUUUAGAUAAUCAACCAUUUAGUCUAACCAAGGAUGAUGGAUUUAUUGCAAUUCCUCAGUUGUAUGAUCAAAUUAAAAAAAAGGUUUUAAAUGAAAUUGCUAAGUCUCAGUGCAUAAGUUUCACUUCAGAUAUUUGGACUAUUGGUCUACAUAUUGGUCUGACGUCUCAUGAAACAUUUAUUUCCUUAUCAGAACAUUGGAUGAAAAAAAAUUUUGACCGCAAAGGUGCUGUACUCUAUGCUUCAUAUUUUCUAGAAGCUCGCACAGGGAUAAACAUAGCUAGAAAGUUUAUAAAUAUGUUAGAAAACUGGAAAAUAAUGGGAAAUAAAUGCACCAGAAGACAUACUUUAGUCAAAGAUGGUGCUGCUAAUAUGUCACUAGGCAGUAAACUUAUUCAAAUAACUUCAGUUCAUUGCACAAUUCACUUAUUGCAGCUCGUGAUUAAGAAUGCAGUUUUAUCCCAAAUAUUAGUGAUAGAUUUAUUAACUAAAGCACGUCGAAUAGUAGGCCACUUUUAUCAUUCAUCAAAGGUAUGUACAGAAUUUAAGUUACUGCAACAACAAAAUGAAAACACACCUCUACUUUUGGUUCAAGAUGUGCCUACUCGCUGGAAUAGUGCGUACUUAAUGUUAGAGCGACUUCAAAAACUUAAAAGAGCAGUUCAAAUGUAUUUAGCUGAUCAUAAUGAAUUGCCAACAUUUGCAUCAAAUGAUUGGAAAAUCAUUGAAAAUUUAUUAUAUGUUAUAAGCCUUUUUAUGAACUUACUAAUGUUAUGA